CACUUUGGUGCCAAAAUCAUUUGGAUAUAUUAAAUUAACACAUGGCUUUAAUUCUCCUUCACUAUAAACUGUAAGUCAAAUUCUUAUGGAACUUUUCAUCAGAUUGUUUAGUUCCCAGUACUUUGUCUUUCUGAGGAGCGAUGAUCCAAACCAGGAUGCAGGCAGAAGUCAACAUGGAUAAGAUCUUGUGGUACAGCUUUCUGUUGAUUUCUUCUGGAAGUCAAGCCUCAAGAACCUGGGCUCAAAGGAACAUGGAAUUCGCAGUGGAUCUUUAUCAGGCAAUUUGCUUAUCUCACGACAACAAUAUUGUCUUUUCCCCUCUUGGAGCAACUGUCCUUCUGGGAAUGGUGCAACUGGGGGCAAAAGGAAAAGCACAGCUGCAGAUAAGACAAACUUUGAAACUUCCAGAAAUCUCAACUGGAGAAGAAUUUUCUGCACUGAAGUCAUUUUUCUCUGCCAGCUCAGAGAAAAAACAAGAAUUUACAUUUAAUCUUGCCAGUGCCCUCUACCUUCAAGAAGGAUUCUCAGUGAAGGAACAAUAUCUCCAUGGCAACAAGGAGUUUUUUCAGAGUGCUACAGAACUGGUGGAUUUUCUGGAUGCAAUAGCUUGUGCACAGACAAUAAAUACCUGGGUAGAAAGCAAAACAGAUGGAAAAAUUAAAAACCUGUUUUCAAUGGGAGAUUUUGGCCCUCUGACCCGCCUGGUCCUGGUGAAUGUUAUUUAUUUCCAAGGGGACUGGAAACAGAAAUUCAGAAAGGAAAACACGCAGCUGAUGAAUUUCACUAAGAAAGAGGGUUCUGCCAUCAAAAUUCCAAUGAUGACGGCUCAGUUGAGGACAAAACAUGGUUAUUUUUCUGAAUCCUCCACGAAGUAUCAGGUUUUGGAAUUGCCUUACAAGGGGGAUGACUUUAGUUUAAUCAUCGUCCUUCCUGCAAAAGAUGUACACAUGGAGGAAGUGGAAAAACAAAUUACUGCUGGUCAAAUCCUAAAAUGGUCCUCCGAGAUGCGAGAAGAGGAAGUAGAAGUGGUCCUUCCUAGAUUUACCAUAGAACACAAAUUAGACUUCAAAGAAGCUUUGUAUUCUUUAAAUGUAACUGAGAUGUUUAGUGGUGGCUGUGACCUUUCUGGCAUAACAGACUCAUCUGAUGUGUAUGUUUCCAAAGUCAUGCAAAAAGUUUUCUUGGAGAUAAAUGAAGAUGGCAGUGAAGCUGCAACAUCAACUGGCAUGCACCUCCCAGUGAUCAUGAGUCUGACACAAACUAAGUUCAUAGCAAAUCAUCCAUUUCUGUUUAUUAUGAAGCAUAACCCAACAGAAUCAAUUUUGUUUAUGGGGAGAGUGACAAAUCCUGAGCUACAAGCAACCAAGGGAAGAGAUUUCGAUUCAUUAUGAAUGCAAGGCUCAAGCUCUGAAAACAAGACAAAUCCUUGGAAAAUUGUUGAUUGAUGUAAUAUCAUCCCCAAAAUAUUUUCUGCUUACAAUUUUUGUGUGUAAAGCCAUGCCCUUGUAGUUUGGUAUGCCUACAGGCCUGUAUUCAUGAAGAAUUAAAAUUAGAUAUGCAUAUGCUUUC